AUGCUAGUAUUAGGGGAAGAGUUUGUGGAAUUUGAAGUCGAUUCUCAAUUAUCUGAUAUCUUCUUUGACAACGUUAAUCAGAAGGUAUCUUUUAUGGUUUUAAAAUCACUGUUGGAUACAUUAACUUAUUUUCGAAAAACAUUAAUGAUUUCGUUUUAUUUUGGUGGAGAAAUUUACGUUAUAGUAGGGUCACCUACAUUAACUUAGAGAAAUCAUUUUGUUUUGAUAAUGCUGAUAGCUAAGAGAGUAAAAAUAGUUACAGUGUGUUACAAUAGGAUUAUAAAAGGCUUAAAAGCAUUUUUGAUACUAAGACUUUACAGAUUUGUACAGUACGAGGUAAUGGAGCGAUGGGAGUGACGGCCAAAGGCCUCGAAGGCCCAGCGUGGUCAUCUUUUCGAAUUCGUGAUGGUGGAAAGAUAAACACCCUAAAUUUUUCGACCGAUGGUCAGAUAUGUUGUGUACAGCGCAAGGAGAACAGUUGUGUAUGUUGAUAUUACUUAUAUUGCACUAGGUAUACCCGCUGUUAUAGUAGAUAUCCCUAUUUUAAAAUUUUUUUAAAAAUUCUGCCAAUAAAAUCAAAAUUUUUAGGAUUUUGUGUUCCUGGAAGACAAAACCAAUGACGUUUAUCCGGAUUACAAGCAGAAUUGUCGUGCCGAAGCAACCAAAAUCAUGGGUGCACAAUGGGUGGCGGAGAAGCAGAUAGUUUACGUGACAGAUGGUGGCUUGGAGCUAUAUCAGUUCAAUUCGAAAAGGAAAACUGUAAAAUUUGUUAAGGCUGUCAGUUUUAGGCCUAAUUGGUUCGUUUAUCAUGUAAGUUUUUGGUAAAGAAAUGCUUUAUUUGAUCUAAAGCUUGCGCCUUUGCAUUUGAAGUAUGCGCAGGCUGCAGAUUAGUGUUUUGAAAGGCUGUAACUGGACUGGAAACGGGAAUAUAACAUUGGAAUAAACAUUUUUCGGUUUUUCAACUUUAAUUUUUUAAAAAAUAUUUUAAAAUUAAAAAUUUGAAAUUUCAAUGUUUCAGCCAAAGUCAGAUCUAAUAAUAUGUGCAAGUGGAGUAACAGCAGCCGUCCUGAAUCCCUUUAUUAUUCAAAAUGGCUUUAUUCACAAAUUACAACGGUUUGAAAUUGAUUUUGGAUGUUCAAGAUGGAAACCAAGACUUUUGGAUCGAGAUCUGGCCAUAGCUUCAUUAUAUGGCCGGAUUUAUGUUAUGGUACUCAAGUUUGGGCCGAAGGAACAUCAAAUUGAGAGGUUGAACUUGUUUUUAAUGAGCUCGAGUCCGGAUACUCCACCUAAAUUGGCGUUUUCAUUGGUUUUGGGUAUGUUGAGAUUUUUUUUUAAAUUUGUUUUCUCCUACCCUAUUCCUACCCUUACUCCUACUCUUACUCCUACCCUAUCCCCUACCCCUAAUAAUACUUAGACUUAACAUUUCAGGCCUAAACGGACCAGUAGGUAUUCACACAAUAGACAAUCUAGUCAUUGUGCAUCAUAAGAACUCGGCCAAAAGUCUGAUCUUUGAUAUUGGACUUCAGAAGACCCUAAUAGAACGACAUCCAGUAGCAACGACUAACAUACGAUUGGAUAAGAAGUUAAAAGAAGCAUUUAAUGAAAGUCUGAACACCUACCAUCCGGCAUGGGUAACAUUCGCUCCGAAUUUGAUAGCUGAUGUCAGGUUGGGCAUAUUCUCGACGAUUGGUGUGGGUUUGGAACAGAGUAGUGAGGUCAUCAAGGAUAACGUAAGGUUUUGAGGUUUUUAGAAUUUAAUUAAAAAUUUUUGAGUCGUAAAAAAAAGUUCGUGCCAUUUUUUGUAUUGUAAACAAAGUUUUUGACGUUUUUUUUGAUUUGUAAAGAAAGUUUUUGCAAUUUUAAGUUUUGGAAACAAAGUUCUUGCCAUUUUUGAUUUGGAAACAAAAUUUUUGCAAUUUUAAGUGUAAAAAAUUAUGACAAAUUAUUUUUCAGAUGAUGUUGCUCGACUUCAUAAUAAACCGCAAGAAUUCAGAGCAAUUUUUCUUAAAAACACUCAAAAACUUGUUGUUAACGAAAGCUUUGAGUAUACGGGAAUCAGCUGAAAUUUUUGCAAGAAUCCUUCAAAAUUCAAGUGAUGGGACUUUGAAUAACAAUAAAGGUGGGCCUUCAUCCUACUUUACCCUACCUUACCCUACCCUGCCAUAUCCUAGCUUAACCUAUCAUACUAAACCCAGCCCUACCUACCAUACCCUGUUCUACCAUACCAUACCUCGUUUUGUUCUGCCUUGCCUUCACCGGCUCUGUCGUGCCGUGACCUGUUUUCUCUUUUUCUGUUCAAUUCUACCUUAUCAUAUUUUGCCCUGCCUUACCUUGUUAUGAUUAUGCCUUGCUCUGCAAUGCUCUGCAUUUUCCUGCCUUUUCUUGUCCGUUGCUACCCUACCUUGCUGUAAAUUUUCCGGUAUCUUUUUUAUUUAUUAUAAAGAGCUCUCUUUUUUUUAGAACCAUCGUCCAAGUUCAAAUUAGUAGCAGAUCAAUUCGAGCCUUUAAAAGUGGAUUAUAAUCAAAUUGUACGAUCAGUGCUAGUACCCUUAAAGGAAGAACCGAGAAUGGACAGGAAGUUCCUAUCAGCUGUCGCUUUGGAGUUCUAUGCGGCUGUUAAGGUAGGAUUAUAUUUUUAUUAUUUUAUUAGUCUUAGGCCUAGUAGGCUUAGUAGGCUUAGGCUUAGUACGCUAAGGCGCAGGCUGACUAUACUUAGGCUUACUAGUUUGAGGCUUAGUAGGCUUAUUAUUAGGAAGCUUGGGCUUAGGAGUCUUAGGCUUAGGAGGCUUAGGCUUAGUAGGCUUAGACUUAAUAGGCUUAUGAUUAGUAGCCUUGAGCUUAGGGCUCUUAGUCUUAGUAGGCUUAGGAUGCGUAGGCUUAGCAGGUAGGUUAUUUUUUCUUAGCUUAUAUUUUGUGGUUUUGAAUUUUUUUUCAGAAAGCCCAAAUCCCUUUGGAACACCACUAUCUAGCCGAAUUCCUAAUCCGCACCAUGGUCGAUGCAAACGAAACGGAAAAGUUGAAACAAUGUCUACAGUACUCCGUGGUGGACGAUUCCAAAUUCCUAGCUUUUGAACUGAUAUCACUGUCAAAAGAGAAGAAGGAGUUUGGACAAUUGGCAUUGGACAUGCUGAAACGAAAACCCAAUAAUAAGGAACAGAUUGCCGAAUUUCAUAUCAAUCAAGGUGAAAUCAUCAACGCCCUGCGGGUAUUAAGAAGUGUUAUCAUCGACAAAAGUGUAGCGUUGAGGAUUCUGGAGGAAACGUGGAAGACGGAGGAUAGGAAGCUGAAGUACAUGGUGUUUACGCAUCUGAGGGAUGUGAGGAAGUUGCCAUGGAUUGAUGGAAGUGGUGGGUUUUUUCUCUCUGGGUUUUAUUUUAGGCUGGGGGGGGGGAAGCGAGGUCGACGAAAAAAAUUUUUUGAAAAUUUUUGGAUUUCAUUGUAGAGUAGAAUAUUGUACUGUUUGGUAAAACAGAAAAAAAUUUUUUUGGUAUUGCAAUGUAGGAUUACGGUACCUACCGGUAGGACAUUACUAGGUUAGAGUUUGUAUAAGUUCUUUAAAGUAUGGUUUGACAGAGUAGGUUAGGAUCAAGUAAAGCAGGUGGGUAUAGGAUAAAGAACAAUAAGUUAAAAGGUUAAGGUGGUAGGGCAGGGUGUAGCACUGUAUGAUAGGGCAGGAUAAGCGUGGUUUAGGGUAGGGCAGGGCAGGUUAGGUAAGGUAGAAUAGGGUAUGGUAGAGUACAGUAAAACAGGGCAGAGUUAUGUAAGGUAGGGUACGUUAAGGUAAAGUAAAAGGUCAUUUUUUAUUAUUUACAGCGGUUAAAAUGACGAUACCAUAAUGUAAAUCAAAGUUUAUUUUAUUCAAAAAAAAUUAUUUUCAGUAUCCGACGACCAAUUCGACACCUACAUCCGCGACUUCAAACAAUUGUUUAACAAUGAAGAGCUGGAAGAAGCCGAUCAACGUUUCCGGCUAGCCAAAAUCUCAUCUGUAGCCUCGCUUCAAGCCCUGAAUCCGAGCCCAUCCAGGAACAUUCUGAAUGCAUCGAACAGCGAAUACCUCAACGAUUCUAUUCCAUCAUCGUUCCACUCCGACUUCGACAUGAGCAAUGCCCCAGGCGCUGGAAUACCAAAUUAUUAA